AGAGCAGCAGGUGCUGAGAGCGACAACACAAGAGAACAUCCGGUUUGACUGAAAAUAUCGCGUUUAAAAACAAAAGUAACAUUUAUAUAUUUUCACGUUUAUUUUUCACGCAGUACAGCAAUGAUAAUAAUCGGCGUAAAGGUGAGCGUCCUCGUGCUUCUCCUGGGCUUCGCGCGCCACCGAGUCGAAGGAAGGUGCGAUGUGGAGCAUUGCACCAACAGCACAAGAUGUCUUCUGUCCAAAGACCAAAGAAGCUGCAAGUGUGCCACUGGAUAUUAUGGUGACCAGUGUGACAAAAAUGCUCACAUCAAAGUUAUGUGCACCACAAACUACAUAGCCAUCAGAGUGAUGGAAGACUUCUUCAAGUACCACAGUGUGCCUCUGGAGUCCCUGCACUUGCCCAACAAAUCUUGUGGUGGUCAGAGAGUAGUCCUCAGUGGUGUGCCAUACUACUAUUCCAUUAUAUCUAAAGACGAAUAUCUAACCUGCGGAGGCAAGCCGCUGGAGAAAAAUUUUACUCACAUCUCCUAUUCUAUGAGUCUACUGUCAGACCCUCAGGUGACUGGAAACAUAAUCAGAAAUCCAGUCAUUAAACUGGACUACAAAUGCGUCUUUCCAUACAUCAGGAGAAUCAGCCUGCCUUUCCCAGUAGUCCCCUUUUCCAGUGAAACAGUGAUGCGUGUGGAUGAACUUGAUGCAACGAUACAGAUGUUGUUGUACACAGACCACUCCUACACCAAGGCCUACACCAGUGCCCCCACCAUCGAACUCAGGGACAAGGUGUAUGUGGAAGUGACGGUCACAGAGCCCGCGGACUUCUUCCUGCUCCGCAUUAAUGAGUGCUGGGCCACGCAGACUCCCCAGUCGAACAUGACGGAGGGAGCAUUUCACACUCUGCUUCAGAAUGGGUGCGUGAACGACCAAACCGUUUCCUUCCAUAACGUGAGCACAGAGCAGUCUGGCCGUAACGGAGAAAGUUCCACCGUCCGCUACAGCUUCGACAUGUUCCGCUUCACAGCAGAGCCUCACGAGCUCUACCUGCACUGCACCAUACAGCUGUGUGAGCCAUACGACUACGAGUCCUGCACGCCUAACUGUAACUCAAUCAGCAAGAGAGAAGCAGUGAGAGCAGAACCCCCCCUGGGCCUCCUGUCGUAUGGACCCAUCAGGAUCGAAAUGCCAGACAGAGUUCAUUCCGGCAUACUGACGGCAGUGGUGAUUCCUGUAGCGGCCGUCUGGACUGUGGGCUUCUUCCUCAUCAUCCUCAUCACUGUGGCCAGCAGGCAGCAGGAGGCUCAAACAAAUGGAGGAGGAUUGACAAUAAUAAUGCUGCUGUUGGCAGCUUGAAUAAAGCUUCAGAAAGUA